AAUAUGCAUUGCACAUACGUUCCUGAUAGAUAUUCAGUCAGCAACACUAAGCUCUAACUCACUCCAAACCAAGGCCAAUGGCAUCUCUCGCAACCAUAGCUGCUGUGCAACCAGCCACCAUUAAGGGCCUUGGCGGCAGCUCCCUUGCAGGAACCAAGCUCUCAGUCAAGGCAGCUCGCCAGAGUUUGAGACUCAAAAACGUCAGAACUGGUGCUGUUGUGGCUAAGUAUGGCGACAAGAGUGUGUACUUUGAUUUGGAGGAUUUGGGUAACACUACUGGGCAGUGGGAUUUGUAUGGCUCUGAUGCUCCAUCUCCAUACAACCCUCUUCAGAGCAAGUUCUUUGAGACAUUUGCUGCUCCAUUCACAAAGAGAGGAUUGUUGCUCAAGUUCUUGAUAUUGGGAGGUGGUUCUACCCUUGCAUACUUCAGUUCAACUGCUUCUGGUGACAUUCUACCAAUCAAGAAGGGUCCUCAACUUCCGCCUAAGCUCGGUCCCCGUGGCAAGAUCUAAAUUAGUUUAAGAUGGAUCUCAUUUUUAGAACUUUGAUUGUGUGUAUCUUCUUUUCAAUAUAAACUUGUAAGUUUCUCCAAAUCCUACUUAAGACUCCUUCAACUGUCAAUGCAUAUAUUCUUGCUUCAAUUCAAA